CCCCUUCGUCUGUUCCUAUUAAUUCUUCUCUUUUCUCUCAACUGUGUGAAGAAAGUGGGGCAACAACGGCAAUAGAAAAAAGAAAUAGAAAUCAAAGAAGAAAGAAACAAGAACGAGAAACCUCAUGAUUCAUACAAUACACCAUCCUCUUUUUCAGCUCUUAAUUACAAACUCAUUUUUAUAAUUUCUUGUUCCUUUUCUUGAAAUUCUUGUUCUUUCUUCAACUUUUAUGGCUAAAAGUGGGGUUAUUGAACCUAUUCCUUAUACUCGAAUGGCAAACGCUUCAGAGUUAAAGGAACAGCUUCAGAUACUGGUACAGGCAAUUCUUGAUGAGGAAGAUUAUAGCUUGGGAAUUACUGAUCAGAUUAUAAACAUUUUGACUGCUUUGAAAAAAUUGAAGUUGAAGAAGUUGAAGAAUUCUUCUGAUGAUUCUUUGAAGGUGGUUGAUGAUUGUGUUGUUCCUGAUGAAUUUAAAUGUCCAAUUUCAAGAGAGCUCAUGACUGACCCUGUAAUCUUGGCUACCGGGCAGGAAGGUUGAUUAUGAAGAGAAAGUGGGGCCCAAAGCAAGAAAAUUUUGUAGAUGAAGACUAAAGUUGAUAAUUAAGCAUAAUUUUCAGAUGAUAAGCUGGCAUAGCCUCUAGCAGGCUUUUCGUUUGAAUCUUUUACCAUUGUUUUCCAUGUUGGAGAUAAGACUUAUGAUCGACCCUUCAUCUUAACGUGGGUAGUUGAGUUUGAGGGCCUUUCAUUGAUCUUUUAAAUUGCGAAGAGGUCAUUGUGGAUUAUUAGUCUCAUUGAAUGCUUCUUGUUAUACUGCUAAUUCUCAUUACAGAAGUCAUAAAUUGAUCGCUCUUUUUCGAGUUCACCUGUGCUCAAGCUCUCCUAGUUUCCUGUAUAUAUGAGCGGUGCAGAACUGCAGAUGCCCAUUUGCGUAAUUCCGGUGCGACCAUCUCACUUCAGCAAAGCCAUCAGAAUACGAAAUGCUCCGAUCCGUCAAACUCUAUUUAAGAACCACCGCCACCGCCACCGCAAACCGCCGCCACCUCAAAACCCUAACUCUCUCUACCAGCACUACAACCGCCAAUAAAGACGCCUACUUUGCCUUGGUCCAUCACAUAACCAACAUAGUCCGUCGCGACAUUUAUCCGGAACGCACUCUCAACAGACUCAACCUCCCUGUGACUUCUGAGCUCGUCUUCCGUGUUCUACGCGCGUGCUCUCACUCGCCUUCCGAGUCCCUCCGCUUCUUCACGUGGGCCCGCGCGCACUAUUCCCCUACCUCCGUCGAAUAUGAAGAACUUAUCAAAACCCUAGCCCGCGCGAAACGUUAUGCCCUCCUAUGUAGGAAGGGGUUGGCUCCUGAUAAGAGACUUAAUGCUGUUCUUGUUAAUGGAUGGUGCUCAAGUGGGAAAAUGAUUGAGGCAGCAGGGUUUUUUCUAGAGGAGAUGAGUAAGAAAGGGUUUUAAUCUCUGGUUAGAGGAAGAGAUUUGUUGAUUGAAGGAUUGUUAAGUGCAGGGUAUUUAGACUCUGCAAAAGGAAUGGGUUAGAAAGAUGAUGAGGAGGGCUUUGUGCCAGAUGUUAAAUACAUUUUAAUUGUUUGAUAGAAGCUAUUUGUAAUGGUAGGAGA